AUGUCAGCCAUCGCUUCUCCGAUCACUGCCGAUGAUGACGACCGUUCAGAAAGUCUGUUCUACGGCCCCGACGCCAUUGACAUUGCGUCCGAUAAAUCCGACAAGGAUCAGAAAGAUUUGAGUUCAGCCAUGAGGUCUGUGAGGACAGAAGGGAACUUGAUAUCAGUUUCACCUGCAGUAGGAAACCUUGAAGUGACACCACCAUCUUAUUUGCCUCUUAUGGAAGGGAAUGCAGCUAUGGCUAAAGUUUCUGUUCCUUCAUAUAAUGAAUUAGAAGCUGAUGUUGAAAAUGCUGGAUCCCUUUCACAGCAGAAAACCUUUGUAGGAUUUAGUGAACCAAGUUGCAAUUACACUUCAUGUUUAUGUGAUGUCAAUGAGGGUAUAAGGUCUGGGCCUUCGAGGUCAAUGACAGAUUUUGGAAAAGAUGGGACUAUCCACCUGCAGAGAGAUUGCUUUGUCGAAAAGGCUAGUGGUGGUCAAAAUCAUAUAGAGCAUAUUACGAAGUUGAACAUGCAAUCAGGAGAUGCUAUGAGCCCAAUGACAUCAAGGUUUGCCAGGCAUCCUUCGCCUGACUUGAGGACCAGAGCUCUGUCUCCCAAUGCUGAGAUUAAAGUUGGAAACAAGCGUCAUGAAAUCAUAUGUGGCUUUUAUGCCAAAGGAUGGUGCAUCAGGGGCAAUUCUUGUUGUUUUCUUCAUAUAAAAGAUCCCGAAAAUAAAUCCGGCCAGCAGAUUGAAGGAGAAUUGGUUACUCAAAAUUGGAAGAGAGAAGUGCAACCAAAGGAAGGUACUGGAGAUGAUGUUAAGAGGUCAAGGAUGCCUUGUACUCAAGUUCCGUUGGCUGCUACACAAGAAAGAAUAUCUCGGUAUUCAUCUGAAUUCUCCUCAAACCCAAUCAUCCAGAAAGAAGUAAGCCCAAGCUGGCAUCCAGAUAAAAGUGGGCCUGUCUCCUCUUUCCCUUCCAGUCUAACACAUACGGAGGGAAUGACUACCACUCAACGGCUAGAUAUGCAUCAUGGAUAUACAUCCCAAUUUGUGAGUCAUUCACCUAAUGUAAACAUGGCUACUCACCUUCCAACUACAUGUAUGUCACUGUCCCAUCUUAUUCCUUCCCGAUCAGGAUGUUCAUUGUCUUUUAGUGGAUCCAUAAGUGAAAGUUCUAUAGAUUCUCAACAACUUCUGAACAGUGGCAUGGCUUAUCAUGACAGCAGAUCCCCUUUCUCUGGUUCAGAAAGGGAAGGUUUGGCUCUAAAUGGUUCAUUUGGGGUUCCACCACACCCAAUUGGAUGUAAAUUAAAAUUCUCUUCAGAUGAUUGGGAGCCGUCCGUACCUUUCAAACCAUCUUUUUUUAUUACUUCUUCAGGCAGAUCAUCUGUCGAAGAUCAAAAAGACCCUUUUGACAGUAUUGUUGAGAUACCCAAUAUAGGGGAUGAAUCUUUGAAAGCUUUCAUUUUAUCUCAAAGAUCAUCCAUUCGGUCUUCAUCCCAGGUUCCUACAAAUGGUGAGUUUGUUGAAGCUGCAAAUCAGGGUUCAGAUCUUCAUGGUGCCAAAAUUUCUAUAGAAUAG